AUGAAUGAGCUGUUGGUGGAGUCAUUCACCAUAACUCAAGUCCAAGUGAUCAACAACUUACAAGAUAAUAGGCCGCUGACAGUCUAUUGCCGGACACAAGGUAGAGAUCUCGGCGUUCAGAAUGUCCCGUUCGGCCGCGCGUUUCGGUGGACUGUCGGUGUUAAGGAAAUCGAGCCAUACCACUGUGACUUGAGCCAUGGAAAUUUGCAUGGCCAUUUCGACAUGUUUGAUAGAGCUUACGUUACUGGUCAGUGUGAUGAUGGUCAGUGUGUUUGGAGGGUGAAGAGUGAUGGAUUGUAUCUCAAGAGAUCAAAUACUUAUGAGUUGAUGUUUCGAUGGCCAUAG